UCGUAAGUUCUAUCAAGGGGGUAUAAAAAUAUGUUGUAACCUCCUUGGUUCUAUGGUGGCUGGCUCUAUAUUUUUAUGUUAUAUACCUAAACAGUACAGUGACACAGUAGUAAGAAUGUUGAGAAUAGUGGUGGAUGUGGCCCAAGGACUUUUUUACUACAUGGUAUUACUGUACAUCACUAGGCCCUAUGCCUGAGUAAUCUUUUUUACUACAUGGUAUUACUGUACAUCACUAGGCCCUAUGCCUGAGUAAUCUGAUGAACAGUGGUCUAUUUUAGAUAUUAAACAAAACUCCGACCCAAGAACCAUAGGCAUAAAAACAAUGUCUGGGUGUACUGAAAUUUGACAUCUUAAAAUGGCAUCAUAUUUCGACGAACAUAAUUGCCAGCCUACUGGAAACAAUGGACCAGAACCAGAGACUCUACUCAAUUGGGCAAGGGUAAUAAUGGCUAAUGUUAGAGAAUUUGCAGAAAGAUAUGAAGGGAUUCCAUUUCCAUGGGAACUGGAGAUGAAGGCUCCUCCAGCAUCAAAGAAAAUUGUGGAAAAUUUAGAAAAAGUUAAAAUAGAGACAAUAGGAACCAAAUGCCCUGUCUGCCUUUUACCAUUCGAAAGUGGAGAAAAUGCUAGCAUGUUACCAUGCCAACACAGAUUCCAUGGCAACUGUAUACAGCCAUGGCUUUCACAGACCAACUCCUGUCCUGUUUGUAGAUACGAGUUGCCAACAGAUGAUGAAAAAUAUGAAGAAUAUAAAAAAGACAAAGUAUGUACAUGAAAAAACAGAAUUACUGAUCACAGUAAUAUAAUUAAACUUGCCGAACUCCAGUCGAACUUAUUUUACAUGCUAAAUUGUUGUUUUACCUAAGGCAACAAUUUUUUAAUGCCAUUUUGGAUUCGACUUUGGCAAGCUUAAAAUGUAUUUGCAAAUACUUCACAUGCCAAAAAUUGUCGGCACCCUAGACCCAGCUGCCAGUGACGGCAGGGCAAGUGUUUUACUUUUUACGUGCCAUCCAAGGGCUGUAGGAGGGGAGUGCCCCUUCCCAAUGGGAAUUGCAAUAAUUUUCUUAAUAAGCCGCUAGACGCUCAUACAGGGCAUUUUGACCCAAGGAUGGUGUUUUUUGUAUCUCGUCGUCGUCCGAACUAUUAAUUUAGAAAGACCUAUCCAAUUAAGGCCAACAUUUGAUAUAACUAUUUUAUUAUUGUUUUUUUUUUUUUUUCCCCUCAACAAAUCUCUCUUACCUAGUGGAGUUGCCUUCUCCUGCGCUGAUUACCAGCAGCAACACUUAAGCAUGUGGAAUAGGUGCUAUACUGCAUAAAUACACAAACUAAAA